UGAUGUUAUUAAAAAAAACAUUGACAGUCGUGAAGAAAGCUGUCUGCGUUGUCGUCCACGGUCAACCUACUUCACAGAAACAACCCAGGAACAGGUGAUGCGUGGGUAUACUGUCCUCAAUAUCAGAACAACUCACACAUAUUCAGGAUCAAUCCAUGUUGCUCUGCAAUACCAACGGCGUCGAUAAACAGGUGUGAUGAUAUACUAGUGUGACUGCGACUACAUAUAACAGCGGGUGUAUUGGAACACCAGGAUCUGGAGCAGUACCUUGAUGCCAUCGGUGUUCUUUGUUUGUCUCUGUGAUGCAAGCGUGGGAGACGGAACCCAGGACGUAAUAGCAUGAUACGUCAGUGUUGACUGUCAACAGAAGGAACAGUAUAGCGCUGAGGACAAUAACAGCAUGGGGAAGUUUGGUCUGGUUCCGUUGGCAUCCCCGUCAACGCCGGUCUGGCACGCAGUGUGGGUGCUGCUUGUCGUGCAGGCAUAUGGGGCACCCACCAGCUCAACGCUCGACACCAACUCUACUCUCAUCAACCAGACCCAAACAAGUCAGGACCAACCUGUGUUAGAUUCUACAUUCAGCAGCCAGGCCCAAACAAGUCAGGGCCAACCUGUGUUAGAUUCUACAUUCAGCAACCAGGCACAAACAAGUCAGGGCCAACCUGUGUUAGAUUCUACAUUCAGCAACCAGGCCCAAACAAGUCAGGACCAACCUGUGUUAGAUUCUACAUUCAGCAGCCAGGCACAAACAAGUCAGGGCCAACCUGUGUUAGAUUCUACAUUCAGCAACCAGGCACAAACAAGUCAGGGCCAACCUGUGUUAGAUUCUACAUUCAGCAACCAGGCCAAAACAAGUCAGGACCAACCUGUGUUAGAUUCUACAUUCAGCAGCCAGACGCAGACAAGUCAGGACCAACCUGUGUUAGAUUCUACAUUCAGCAGCCAGACGCAGACAAGUCAGGACCAACCUGUGUUAGAUUCUACAUUCAGCAACCAGACGCAGACAAGUCAGGACCAACCUGUGUUAGAUUCUACAUUCAGCAACCAGACCCAAACAAGUCAGGACCAACCUGUGUUAGAUUCUACAUUCAGCAGCCAGACGCAGACAAGUCAGGACCAACCUGUGUUAGAUUCUACAUUCAGCAACCAGGCCCAAACAAGUCAGGACCAACCUGUGUUAGAUUCUACAUUCAGCAACCAGGCCCAAACAAGUCAGGACCAACCUGUGUUAGAUUCUACAUUGAGCAGCCAGGCCCAAACAAGUCAGGACCAACCUGUGUUAGAUUCUACAUUCAGCAACCAGGCCAAAACAAGUCAGGACCAACCUGUGUUAGAUUCUACAUUCAGCAGCCAGACGCAGACAAGUCAGGAUGAUCCUUUGUCAGAUUCUACAUUGGUCACCAAGACAGUGACACCCCACGAGCAACUUAUGUCUGAUUUUCCAACAUCACCUGCAGGGUCGGACCUCCAGACAUCAGUCAUAAAUACUGAUUCCCCAACUGCUCCGUUAUCAAGCAUACUGUCACCGACAGGCAACGGUAUCAUAGCACCAUCAAGCACGUCACAAAAUGAAAGUCUGACAUUCAAAUCUGACUCUGUUAGAAAUGCCAACCAAAUGCAGCCAUUAGACAAACAGUCUGAUCUUACCGAAAUAUUAGCAAAUAAAACUCAUGUCCCUGAUCCAUCUCGAACUUGGGUAGAGUCAAGCAGCUCCUCGCUAUCUCUCAAUGAUUACAUCCUGCAGCUGUUUGAUCCUGACGCCUCGUACAGAAAGUGCACGGACGUCGUUAGCAGUUGGUAUGACGCUUGGAGAAAGGCAAGACUAAGAUCUACCCAGCAUUCCGAAAUACACUCUUCAAGCCCCGGAUGCUAUUCUGAUUCAAUGUCAAACAUUGGCUGCGUAAGUGAAGCUCCUACCGAACACUACACUCAGAUUGAGCCAAGUGCGAGCUUCCGGUUCCGGUCUGAUCCUAAUGAACUUUCAAGCCUUGACUCGACUGAAACGGGCGAGGUCAUGUCCUACACCAGUGAAGCUAGCCUUCCUUUUAGCCCAGGUUCAGAGAUAUCAGAACUUAUUAUGCCUGAAACAACAGCGCACGAAACCAUGUCCUCUUCGUCUGCAGUUGAUAGUGUCAUCGUUUCAUCAGUGAAUUAUACAUCGUCUGCUACUGACAAUGCAACUGUAGAAUUCGUUUCAGAAAUGUACAACAUGUCAUCGUCGUUUGUACCAGACACUGUACCUUCUAGGUUCUCGGGGACGCCAGUAUCGACACUGACGACUAACGAUAUGGAUUGCACUGACUGCAUCACACCAUCUUCCGUAACAUUAUCUCGGAGUACUCCAAACAAAACAAGCAUAUUUCAAGGUCCUCAGCAAACAACGCCCUUAAAUAUAUCUUUGGUAGUUUCAACAGGAACUAUGAACGUAGAACCAGAUUUGCAAUCGAGUACGUCUGAAGUCCCAACAAUGAUUGUUUAUUACAAUUUCUCAGGGUCUAUAGUUUUCUGUGAAACUACAAUACCACCUAAAGUGCAGGUUUCUAGCAGUUCAGAGUUUCUACAGUCAUUGUCAGACUCUACCAACUCUCUGUCAUCUGCGACAACUAUCACAGAAGGUACUGGGAACAAUGUUGGAGGUGGAGGAACAGUAACAGACGACACGACCCCGAAGAUAGGAUCCACUGCAGGGGGAACCACGGCUGUACCAGACGGAUCCAUCGGGUCCGUCUCAUCUGGAUCUGGCACUGGAAGCGGGGGAGUUUCUGUCACUACAGGGGGACUGGGGCCCGGAAGGACGGAGUCGGGGGGAACAGGGACAGGGACGUCACUAGAAGUCCAAGUCCUCAGAACAACACCACAGCCGACCACUAGAAAAAAAUCGAACAAUGUGUCCCGGUCCGUGGUGAUUGGCCUUGUGUGUGGGGUAGCCUUCUGUGUCGGCUUCCUGGUCAUGUGUCUGUGCUUCUUCAAGUUCUGCUGCAACGGCCCCAGCAUCUCCCCCCAGCUGUACAACUACAAGCCCCAUAACCCCAACGACCCCCAGCUCGCCCCCUCACCCCCCACCACCCACAGGGCGAAGAAGAUAUUUGUUGCCGAUUGAUCCUUGGAAAUUCAAUAAAAACAACAAAAGUCGACAUUGAAGACAAUAAGAAGAAGAUUCACUUGCAAGAGAGUGAGUGUAUAGGGUUCUACUCUACAACCGAGUCUGGACUAGGCAAGCAAGUGGUUGAUAGUGUGAGCACUCAUUGUAGUUACAUCGUCUGCGAGGAUCACCUGUAUCUACAUAUUAUGACCUGACUUGAUUGCAGUGAGGAUAAUACAAAUGAGAGUCCGUGUCUCAAGCGUAUAUCCUUCUGCAUACUACAUGGAACGGGGUGAGACCCGUGAAGAUCCGGGGUAGAAAUAGGCCUGCAGCAACCCAUGCUUGCCGUGAGAGGCGACU